CAGCAGCACCAGCAGCAGCAGCAUCACCAUCACCAGCAGCAGCAGCAGCAGCACCAGUCGCAGCACGCGCAGCAGGUGCUGCCCACCUCUGAGACGCUCGACAUCAAGCCGGUGCUGAGUGGCGGGCCGGCUAAGGCGCGCGAAGGUACGCCGACGCAGAGCCAGUCGCCGCCGUUCGCGCCCGUCUACUCGCAGGCCAGCGGGCCGGGCGAGCCAGGCGCGCCGGCCGCCGGCUUCGCCUCCCCCUACCCGGGCCAGUUCGGCCCCAAGCCGGCCAUGUCGCCGCCGCGACCCAAGCAGAAGUCGCGCUCCUCGGCCGAGGGCCGAGAAUGUGUCAACUGCGGCGCGACAUCGACCCCGCUCUGGCGGCGCGACGGCAACGGCCACUACCUCUGCAACGCCUGCGGACUCUACUACAAGAUGAACGGCCAGAACCGGCCGCUGACCAAGCCCAAGCAGCGCAUGUCGGCGUCGCGGAGAGCGGGCACCACGUGCUCCAACUGCAAGACGUCGACGACGACGCUGUGGCGGCGCAACGGCCAGGGCGAGCCCGUCUGCAACGCCUGCGGCCUCUACUACAAACUGCACAACGUGAACCGGCCCAUCACCAUGAAGAAGGAGGGCAUCCAGACGAGAAACAGGAAGCUUUCGGCCAAGUCGAAGAAGAAGGAACGCUACGGCAUCCAGGAGUUCAUCCGACCCAUGGAGAAGGUCGGCUUCGGCUUCCCCGGCUCCAACUUCGCGCCGAGCAUGGCGCCCUACAUGGCCUACCAGAACAACAUGCAGUCGAUGGGCAACUUCGCGCCGCAGCCGACCUACUCGGCGAUGCCCAGUAUAGGCAGUCUGGGCAUAGCCACCUCUAACGGAAUGAACGGCUGGCGGAACGACUUCCACUAGGAGCGGGCGUCGGCGCGACGGCGGCCCGUCCGUCUGCCGGCGCCGCGGCGGCCGCCCUGCCCCAGCGCUCCGGCGGCCGGGCCAGCGGCGCCGCCGCCAAACCCCACCCAGGCGACGGUGGCCUAUCUGUGAUAUGCUCUAGUCCAAUAAGAAGAUCGACAUGUUACCAGCUGUGAAGGGUGCGUGGGUAGACCUGCUGUGUCUCAGAGGUCCGGAUCCGCCCCGGUCCGGUCUGCGGUCCGAUCCAGAUCCGGUCCGCCGUCCAGCGCGCAGCCCGGUCCACCUGGAGCCAGCGCCGGCCGCGUGGAG